GCGCCAAGGCACAAGGGCACGUGGCGAGCAUCUACUUCAAGAAGGGCGGCGACCCCAAUGAAAAAGUGCUUUGAAGAAGACGAUACCUACGAGCGCGAUGACACACCCAUGAUCUGCGCGGCAAGGGGCUGCCCAGACGUGCCAGGUGCCACGCCCAAGCAUGUAGCGACCUUGGAGAUCGUGCUCCUCUACGGCGGCGACGUCAACGCGUACAACAAGGUGCACCAAACACCCUUGUACGUAGCCGUUCAAAAGGGCUACCUGAACAUCGCCGCCUGGCUUAUUGUCAACGGCGCCAACGUUGAUAUUUGCGACUCGGUCGGUGUCUCGCCUCUCUUGCUGGCAGCCCGGCUCGGCCGCGCCGACUUGGUGACGCUGCUGCUCGACAGCAAGGCGCGCGUGGCCGCACUUCGGCGACGCGCCAGCUGCCUCAAGGUCGGCUCGAAUGACUGGAACGUGAAAAGAUGCAUUUUCGUGGCAUUCACACCCGAGAUUCAAGCGCUACUGGCGACCGCGCUACAAAAGGAGGCGGAAGCGAACGCGUCGCGCAUGGCGGCGCAGCGCUCCAAGGACACUCGCGCGCACAUGGAGCAGCUCAAAGGCCAGCUGCAGCAAGUGCGCGAGGCGACGCGCCGGGCCAACGUGGAAGCGCGAUUGCUGGAAGCGCACACCAAGGCACACACCCCCGUGUUUUCUGCCACGCCGACGCCGUCGCUCGCCGACCACUUUCGGUCGUCGCCGGCGCUCAACCGGAUUCACUCGGCGCCGACCGAGUGGACGUUUGUGACCGCCGACUUCUCGAGCUCCGCGUCGCUGCACGAGCACGACCUCUUGCACAGCUCGACCGAGCUCUACGCGAGUCUGAAGCGGCGCCGAGAGCGCACGGCGGACCCUCGCAACAUUCAGUCGGCGCCCGAGGUGGCGACGCUGCGACGAAAUGCGCUGGCUACCGUGCGUCCACACACGACGAUCGCCGUCCAAACCCGCCAGAGAUAG